UGGAGGAAGAGCGCCCUGCGAGCGCGACUGGGUACACUGCGCGAGAGGACUACGAUUUGUCACAGAGAUGGAUACUCCUCAGAGGCCAACACUCGUCAUCUCUGGCAUGUCCGGACGUUUCCCGGAAUGUGACUCAAUAGAGGAGUUGAAGGAGAAGCUGUACAGUGGCGAGAACAUGGUGACUUCCAAAGGGUGCCGCUGGGGGACUGGACUGUGUGGUGAGGAACGUAGUACAGGCAAGCUAAACAGUAUUGCAAAGUUUGAUGCAGAAUUUUUUAAUCUUCCCCCUGCAAUAGUCGAUAAAUUGGAUCCACAAGCUCGAAUCAUGACUGAGGUUGUUUAUGAAGCUAUAAUUGAUGCUGGUGUGAAUCCUUUAACACUCCGAGGCUCUCGUACUGGAGUUUUUGUGGCAAUGUGCUCUUGUGAUGCUGAGUUUUACUGGUUUUCUGGUAUGCACUCAUUCAACAAAACAGAGGCAUUACAUUCUUUCAGAAGUCUUAUUGCAAACAGAAUAUCAUACAGCUUUGAUUUCAAAGGUCCAUCCAUAAUACUUGAUACUGCCUGCUCAUCCAGUAUCUAUGCACUAGAAAAAGCUACCUCCAGCAUAUACAAUGGAUCAUGUGAUGCAGCAGUGGUUGUGGGCUCUAGCCUGCUACUAAAUCCUCUUUAUUCAUCAAUGCUACAGCUCGUCAAUGCAAUAAGUCAACGAGGCAGUUGCAGCAGUUUUGAUGAAGCAGCUGAUGGAUAUGUAAGAAGUGAAGCAGUAGCAGCAAUAUUUCUUCAAAAAUCAGAUGUUGCUUAUCGUCAUUAUGCUGAAAUUGUGGCUAUUGGCACAAACACUGAUGGCCAUAAAACCACAAGCAUAUCUUAUCCAUCAAGAGAAAUGCAGUUACGUUUGUUGGAAGAGACCUACAGAUCAGCUUCUAUUGACCCAGCAAGUGUGGAUUAUAUUGAAGCCCAUGGGACAGGCACAAAGGCGGGGGAUCCUGAAGAAUUGGGUGCAAUAGCAGAUUUAUUUUUGAAGAAAAGAUCAUCUCCUUUGUUGAUAGGUUCAAUCAAAUCAAAUAUGGGCCAUACAGAAGCAGCUUCAGGAAUAUGUUCUGUAAUCAAAUCACUAUUAGUUCUAGAAAAUAAUGAAAUUCCUCCCAACCUGCAUUACAAAAAUCCAAACUCUAAAGUGUCAGCUCUUUUAGAUGGGAGACUGAAGGUGGUCACUGAGCGACUUAAAUGGAAUGGUAACUUAAUUGCUGUUAAUUCCUUUGGAUUUGGUGGAUCAAAUUCACAUAUAAUUCUGAGAAGACCACAAUCAACCCAGAGAAAAGAUUCUUUCAUAUAUCCCCUAACUAAAGUAAUCUGUGUAUCUGGACGCAAUCAAGUGGCUGUGAAAACCCUGCUGACAAAACUUCAAGAUGAGGAUAAAAAUCAUGCAUUCCAAGCACUUAUACAAGAAAUACACUCAAUGAAUACCAUAGGACAUGACUGGAGAGGCUACAUAGUAAUGAAUCCCAAUGGUAACAACCUACAAGACAUACAGAUCUGCAACAAACAGAGAAAACCGGUGUGGUUUGUUUUUUCUGGACUCGGUAGCCAAUGGCCAGCUGCAGGGCGUGUGUUUCUGCAGUUGUCAAUCUUAAAAGAUGUCUUAGGACAGUGUGCUGAGUCACUUUACCCAUUCAAAAUUGAUCUUUUUGAACUUCUCGAAGAUGAAGAUGAUACAUACACAGAUCAUACUAAAGCAUUCAUUUCCAUUGUUACAAUACAGAUAUGCUUAGUCACUCUACUGAGAGCAGCUGGAGUGGAGGCAGACGGCUUCAUAGGGCAUUCACUUGGCGAAAUUGCAGCGGGUUAUGCAGAUGGUUGCUUAACAGCUCAACAGGCAGUGCUUAGUGCUUACUACAGGGGAGAAGCUAUGAGAAAUAAGGAAUUCAGUGGUGGAGCAAUGCUUUCAGCAGGAAUUUCUGCAGAGCAAGCAAAAGAUAUCAUCCCUCCCUGUGUUGAUAUUGCAUGCUACAAUAGUUCUAGUCAUAUUGCAUUAUCAGGCCCAAGUUCAGAAAUUGCAAUGUUGAAGAAACAGCUCAGCAGACAGGAUGUGAUUGUGAAAGAGAUUGAAGCAGGUGGAAUUGCAUUUCAUAGCAGAUACAUAAAGUCUGCUGAGAAUAUGCUCUUGCAGAAUAUGAGAAAGGUGAUACCCAAACCAAGAAAAUGUUCAGAGAAAUGGAUUUGUUCCAGUGUACCUAAGAAUGAAUGGGAUUCUAAAUCUGUUAAAGAAUGUUCUGCGGAAUACCUAACACAUAAUAUGAUGUCACCAGUAUUAUUUGCAGAUGCACUGUCUAUGGUACCACACAAUGCAUUUGUAAUAGAAAUAGCUCCACGAGGAAUACUACAAAGCGUAAUGCGUGGGGGACUACCUGGUUCUGUGACAAUAGCAAGUGCAAUGUCACGUUAUGACAAUUCUUUGUUGCAGUUUUCUCUUGUUCUGGGAAGAUUGUAUUUGUCUGGGUCACAAAUAUGUCUUACAAAAAUCUACCCUCAUAUUGAAUACCCAGUCCCUGCUGGAACACCACAUAUUUCACCUCUAACAGUAUGGAACCAUGAUCAAGAGUGGUUUGUACCAAUUUUCUCUGACAAGGAUUUUCUAAAUAAACAGUGCAACAAGUAUGAGAUUGAUCUGAACAAGCAUGAAGAUGAGUGGUACAAGGGUCAUACAAUUGAUGGAAGAAUAUUAUUCCCAGCAACAGGAUAUCUGGUUCUCGCUUGGAAGACAUUGGCAGCACAUAAAGGCUUCAAGUAUGAAACUCUGCCAGUCAUUUUUCACAAUGUGCGCUUUCAGAGGACAACUGUGUUUCCUUCCACUGGGAAACUCACUUUCUUUGUUGAGAUGAUCUUUGCAGAAGGACAAUUCAUUAUUUGUGAAAGUGACCAAAUAGUUGUGACUGGUCAGAUAUUUGUCUGCCAGGAACCAGAUAAGGAAUUUAUUUGCUUGAAUAAAGCUUCCCAGACUGGUGAACAAAGUACUAUGCCAUUACUCAAGAGCAAGGAAGCGUAUUUGGAUUUGCGUUUACAUGGGUAUCAAUACACAGGAGUCUUUAAGGGAAUGUUGGAAAUAGAUGAUAGUGGAGCCAAAGUUCAUUUUACCAAUAACUGGGUUGCUCUGAUGGACUCUGUUCUGCAGGUAGCCUUAAUGAAGAGUGCUUUCAGUUAUUUCUCACAUAUCUGUUUUCCAACAAAACUGCAGAAGGUGAUUAUUGAUCCGCAGAAAGUUUGUCAGACAGGUGAAGUCCUAUAUGUCAUUGUUGAUGAAACAUUAAAAACUGUUGGCUGUGAGGGGAUGCAGUUCUCUGGUGCAGAAACAGCAGCAGUACCACGCCAGUCACCAAAUGAAGAGCCAUUGUGCAAUUACCAAAAUUUCGUACCAUAUCACAAUUUUCUUACAGAUACAGUUACAGCUCUUGGCAUUUGUCUGCAAAUUUUUAUUGAAAAUUGUGUUAAACAGGCUAACUUUAAAAUUGCUGUUUUCUCAGAGAGCAAUAAAGCUAAAUAUAGUUCAGCAGUUUCAAAAUGGUUUUCUGAAACUACAUGGAUUAGGGCGAAACUAUAUCUGAUUUGUGAGACAAAUUCUACAGAAGAAGCCACAAAACUUGGUACAGAAAUAACAGUCUGCAGUAAACCAACAAUAAAUGAUUAUGAUCUAGUGCUAACUGAUAGUUUAGAUCAGAAACGAAGUGUGACAAUGAAACAUGGUGGUUUCAUGAUUCUACUUUCAAACACUGAUAGUCUUCAUACAGAUAUGAAAGUACUAUCAAAAAUUUCUUCAAGUGAUGGAACAUACAUAUUCUUGCUCCAAAAGGAAGAAACCACAAGACCAAAAUUGAAGACACUAACCAUUGCAGGUGAAGACCAGUUUUUGUGGGUGGAUCCCCUAAAGCAGUAUAUUGCAAGUGAAGAACAUGAUAUACUUCUGAUUUCAGAAGACAAGAUAUCAAAUGGUUUAGUGGGUUCAGUUAAAUGCCUUAGAAAUGAACCUGGAGGGGAGAAAAUCAGAUGUCUGGUGCUGCUUGAUCCUAAUGUUCCCAAGUUUGAUCCUAAUCUUCCAUUCUAUAAUGACCAACUUGCAUUAGGAUUGGCAAUGAAUGUAUAUAAAGAUCAAUGCUGGGGAAGCUAUAGAUACACUUUGCAACCACCAGAACCAAAAUCAGUAAUGACAGAGUAUGCUUACAUUGACAUACAAAACCCUGGAAAUUUGUCUAGUCUGUGUUGGUUGCAGGCAGAGCCACCACUCAGCAGCAAUAAAGUGGACACUCCAGAAAAUUCUUUCUCUGUGUAUUUUUCUGCUUUGAAUUUCAAGGACCUUAUGGUGGCAACUGGAAAACUCCCAAUUAAUGUUCUCCCAGGAAAAUUAUCAGAACAGAGCAGCAUACUUGGUCUGGAAUUCUCUGGGAAAAACAGAAAUGGUAGACGAGUGAUGGGCAUUCUUCCUGGCCAAGGCUUUGCAACUAAUGUUAUUGCUGAACAAGUUUAUGAUGUUCCACAGUCAUGGAGUUUAGAGGAUGCAGCUACAGUACCUGUUGUCUACACUACAGCAUAUUAUGCUCUCAUCAUAAGAGGAAGGCUGAAACAUGGAGAGACUGUUCUGAUUCAUGCAGGUAGUGGUGGUGUGGGGCAGGCAGCUAUCUCAAUUGCACUGCACAUGAACUGUACUGUGUAUACUACAGUUAGUAACUAUCAUAAAAAACAAACACUUUGUUCAAUAUUCCCACAGCUGAGGGAAUGCAACUUUGCAAAUUCAAGAGAUACAAGCUUUGAACAACAUAUUCUGAGGGAAACUCAAGGAAGAGGGGUGGAUCUUGUUCUCAAUUCUCUUUCUGGAGAUAAACUACAAGCCUCAGUUCGAUGUGUUGCUGAAUAUGGGCGCUUCAUCGAAAUUGGCCAAUAUGAUCUGUAUACAGACAAACAACUAGGUCUUGGUGUGUUUCUGAAAAAUAUUUCAUUUCAUGGAGUCCGCCUGGAUGUACUUUUUGGAUCUCAUCAUGAUGAUGAACUGUAUCAGCUGAAAGAGUUAAUGGAGGAAGGAUUAAGAAAAGGUGUUGUAAAGCCUUUGCCCAGGAAAGUGUUUUCAAGAAAUCAAGCAGAAGAGGCUUUUAGGUACAUGGCUAGUGGACAUCAUAUAGGAAAAGUUCUGCUUUGCAUCAGGGAAGAAGAAAAACACAAUAAGUCCAAGAUAUCCCAGCCCUUGAGGGUACAGGCAAAACCUAGGAUUAGCUUCACUCACAAUGCAGUCUGUAUUGUUACAGGUGGUCUUGGAGGAGUUGGCCUCCAGCUAUCAAACUGGCUAGUUUCGCGUGGCCUACGACAGUUGGUCAUUACAUCUAGAAGAGGUGCAUGCACAGCAUAUCAGCAGCUUUGUCUGGAAAGAUUGAGGAAAAAGGGUGUGGCAGUGCAUGUUGCUGUGGAUAAUAUGUGCACAAAUGAUGGAGCAAAAAGCAUUAUAAACCAGGCAAAUAAAAUGGGCACUGUCAUUGCAAUAUUUCACCUCGCUGUAGUGCUAAGAGAUGGCAUCAUAGAAAAUCAAUCAGCGGAAACAUUCCGUGAAGUAUGGGAACCCAAAUAUUCAGCAGCAUACUGGUUAGAUAUGGAAUCUAGAACACUAUGCCCUGAUCUUAAGUACUUUGUAUUUUUCUCAAGUGGAUCUGGACCAUGUGGUGUUCCUGGGCAAUCAAAUUAUGCAUUUGCCAAUUCCGCAGUAGAGCAUCUGGUUGAAUACCGCAGAGAAUGUGGAUUCCCUGGCUUAUCUAUUCAGUGGGGACCAGUUGCUGAUGUUGGACGUGCAGCAGAUAUUGAAUUUCUAUAUGGAGUAAAACACCAAACCAUAGCCUCUUGCAUGAUGGAACUUGAAAAGCUAAUGCUGAACCCUGAAGCGAGUGUAGCAAGAUGCAUGGUGAUCAGCAAUGAUAUCAAUACUUGUUCUUCCAUCAGAGGACAUCAAAGAAGUGCUGACCUGUUGACCAACAUUACUAAAGUUCUUGGACUACCUGACAGUAGCAGCUUAUCACCAGACAUGACGUUAGAAUCACUUGGCAUGGACUCAUUAAUGCAAAUAGAGAUACGUCUCUGCAUUGAGCAAUAUUAUGGAAAAUCCCUUAGUGCAGAGGAAGUUCGUACUCUCACUGUUCAGAAUCUGUUUGAUUUUGACAGAGCAUACCCAUCAGAACCCAGUGGCAGAACAAGUCCCAUUAGUGAAGCUGAUGCGCCAAAAAGAAUUGAGCAUUUCCAAAUGGAAAAGACAGAAGAGAAACAUUCGAAUACAGCUGAAAAGGAGUUUGUACUUUUGGACUUCAGUGCUUCUCCGCUUGUUCCGGAAGAGACUCUGGUGACGCUUGCCAAUGAAACCUGUUGUCAGGCAGUGCCCAUGUUCUUUGUGCAUCCAAUAGAUGGAACUUGCAGGCUCUUACAAGAAACUGCACAGAGCAUGAAGAGAGCAGUCUAUGGACUACAGCUUUCUUAUGGAUCACCACGCACAACACUUAUAGAGCUUGCUACAUUUUAUGUCAGACAAAUGCGUGCAGUGCGAGCAACUGGUCCUUAUAUACUUCUUGGUUACUCUGCGGGCGUUGCCAUUGGUAUUGAAAUGACCAGGCAGUUGGAAGCAUCUGAAGAAACAGUAUUUCUGAUUACACUAGAUUUCUUACUGAAUCCACUAGAAAAUGGUUUUACAACAUUCUCGAUUUUGGAAGUUGGUUUUCUAACACAAACAGUAUCACACUUCGUUUCCAAUCUUGAUGAAGACAAACUCAAAUCAAAACUAUUUGCUCUGCCUGACUGGUGUGCACGGCUUGAGUACUGUCUUCAACUUGUUGGCCCACACCAUCCCAAAGACCUUCAAGCAGCUCUUGAGAACUGUCACUGGCUUCUAAAAGCCAUUAUUGAAUACAGUAUUCCAUCUGACAAAGUACUGAGAUCACCUCUUCUGCUUAUAGCAGCAACUGAUGGGAUCAUUAAGCACAGAAUAAACAAACGGUAUAAUUUUCAAAAGCUAACGGCUGGACCUAUUGAUAUAAAAUAUGUGGAAGGCAACCAUAAAACAUUUUUGCAAGGUCCAGAGAGAUGUAAAGCAAUAGCCCGUAAUAUAAAUGAAUGGUUACAAGAACACAAGUCCCUGCUACUGGAUGAUUCUGAGAAUCUACUGUGACACAGUACCAUGCAAGUACAUCAAGGAAAAACCUUUCCUUUGCACAUACAAAUGGCAUGCAUAAUGCAUGUAUCACUUCUGAGAUAUUUUCCUCCAUUGGUAUAUCAUGUUUAUCAUUUAGGACAUUAUAAUGGACUGACUCGAUAAUGUAAGAAAAACUAUUGUUACUGUUCUUAUGUCACUCACUGUUGUAAUGUAACAGAAAUACUGUGAAAUUAUGUAGUGAUAUUUAUAUGAUAGAGCUUCUUCUAACAGUUCACUUAAUUAAAAAUUGCUAUUUUUGUUUUAAAUGUAGUUCUAAACUUAUGUUGUGAGAAGAUCAUACAGUACAAUGUAUUCUUUUAUAAUUGCUGUGAAUCUAAUUACUUAAGUCAUGAGCAAAAUUGCAGUUUGAACAAUUUAUGUUGAUUAUGCUUAAUACAGAAAAUAUGUAAAUAGAUUUAUUUCCAUUAUGUUUGGUUACUGAUCAUUUACGUGAAAUAAUGUUGAUCAUGAACUGGAGGAGGAAUAAUUAGCCUUUGAAAUUUACAAGUAUUUCAGUAAUAAAAUUUCAACAUAAAAGCCUGAAAAUAUA